CAACUUAGUAAAGAGGUCAUUUAGAAGCUAGGGUAAUCAACUAGAUAUAAGAUGAUAGGGACUUCAUGUAUGGGAGUAAUAGGAAUGGAAAGAAAGGAAUGGAUUUGUAAGACAAGGAAAAAACAUUCAUGGGAAUUGGUGACUGAUUAGACAGAAAGGAGAGGGAAGUCGCCAACCUAGUUGCUCUAUUUUGGGAUCUCUGACAUUCACCCAUCUAGAUGGUUUCUGGCUAGAGAAAAGGCUAGAGGAACCCCUAAGGAAAAUUCUUGACCUGCACAGAAACUUAUCUGGAAGAAUUUCAGAGUCAGACCCACCUUCACUCUGACCUAUUUCACCCUGACCCACCCAGAUCUGUUAUACUCUAAGGCCUGUGCCCUUUCCAUAUUAGGCCCAACAUUGGACACCAUUUAAAGCUCUUACUGAGCUCUCCUCAGCUUUUGUUGAGGGGCAGGAGCAUAAGGUAAUUUGACCAGGACCCAGAGGACUUGGUCAAGCUGGACUGGAAUGAUGAGGGAAGUUGGAUCAUCUGCAGAGAUCAGAAGGUUGGCAACUUGCUCAAUGCAACAUGCAAGCUGACCAUGGCAUCAGAAGCAGAAAAAACAUUCCAGCGGUUUGCUGUCUUCGGAGAGUCAUCAAGCAGUGGCACUGAAAUGAACAACAAGAACUUCUCCAAGCUGUGCAAAGACUGUGGCAUCAUGGAUGGCAAGACAGUCACCUCCACUGAUGUGGACAUUGUGUUCAGCAAAGUCAAGGCCAAGAAUGCUCGAACCAUCACAUUUGAACAGUUCCAGGAAGCAAUGAAGGAACUGGGCCAGAAGCGGUUCAAGGGGAAGAACCCAGAUGAAGCCCUGGAGAACAUUUAUAAACACAUGGAGGGCAAGGAUCCAGCUAUCACGGGUGUUACUAAAGCAACUACCGUGGGUGGGGUGAGCCGACUGACAGACACCAGCAAGUACACUGGCUCCCACAAGGAGCGCUUUGACGAGAGUGGCAAGGGCAAAGGCAUCGCAGGACGGGAAGAGAUGACUGACAACUCAGGCUAUGUGAGUGGCUACACGGGUGCCGGCACCUAUGACAAAAAGGACAAGUAGGGAGCAGCUUCAUCUUAGUCUGCCAGCCCUUGACCAUGCAUCUUUAACAUCGGGAGGCUUGGAGAACAAUAAACAUCUGUGUGUGCAACAGCUCAUGAUCUCUGUCUGCCACCAGAGUGAGGGAUGGGUGGGCCUUUGGGUGUACAGAGAGAGAGAGGAGGGGAGAGAAAGCCCAAGGAGUCGGGGUUUCCAGCUCUCCAUUUCUUGCCCUACUUAGCCUGAUGCCUCCAAGCCAUAAGGUAGCAUUCCCCUAAACAACUCUUCUAAGAUCAGAGCUGUGGAAUAUAUUUGGAGGUAAGAGAUAAACCAACUGUGGAGGCAAAAGUAUUUGCUACUUGCAUUCACAUAUUACUGGUAUGCACCCCCUUCUACCCGCCAAAGGGGAGUAGCAAUUCCUGAUCUGAUGAAGGAUGACCCAGAUACCACUAACCAGACCCCUGUCCCUUCACUUUCCUCGUCUACUGCAAUGCAGGUUUUGUUGGGGGAGAAAUAGAAGCCAGCUAAAGUGGGCCAAGGAUCUACUUAGGCUGAUUCCUAUUACAAGUUUGUCCCAGAGCUGGGGGAAGGGAUACUCUGUUGGCAACACCUAGCCUGAAGUGAGUUUUACCCCCACUGCACCUCCAUCAUAGUUCACAUGGAACAGAAGAGCCUAUCGAUUGCUACAGGUAGACCAGGAAGAUGGCCAGGGUGGGGAACCUCCAGGACUUCAAGAGCAGGAGUUCUAGUGCACUGAGGAAAAAGGGAUGAAAUUAGAACUGAGUCAGAUGUGUCUUUCAUCUUUUUAUUUUUAAAUGAUUAUAGAUGCACAGGAAGAUACAAAAAUAGUACAGAGAGGUUCCAUGUACCCUUCACCCAGUUUCAUCCAAUGGUGAUAUCUUACAUAACUCAGAUGUGUCUUUAAAGCCUUCUGGGUGCUUCUCAAAUCUGAGGCAUGCCCUCCACGAUCUGAUCCACCCUUCCAGCUUCUUAUCCCUUUUGAAAUAGGUCGGGGCACACCAAGUUAAAAAAAAACAAAAACAAAAAACCUUCUGUAACUACAGCUAGGCCCACUUCACCCAUCUUGUCAGCAGUAGAUCCUAGAGUUUGGAAGACAUCAGGAGAAGCUUUGGAAAGGAACAGGAUAUAGGAGUCUUCGGGGGGAUAGGUCAAAGAAGGUAACUUGAAACUCCGGUGAGC